AUGGUGUAUGUCUCUGGUGCUGCUAGAUUGAGUGUCAAAACGAUCUGUUCAAGUUUGGAUAGAUUGAGUGUUGGAUCAAUGGUCAGAUGUGUCAAUGGUCCAACUUCUAAAAAUUGGAGCAAAGAGUUAUUGAACAACGGGUCGAUCGUUGUCAAUGGACAUUCAACAGCUUUGAAAUUGACUAGUGAUGGAAGAUGUUCAGAGAAAUCAGCUGGUACAAUUACUACCGAUGGGUCAUCGAAUAGGCUAUUAGAGAGAUGA